AUGGUGUUUCGGGGCGUCUUAUCUGCUGCCAUCCUUUGUGGGAUGGUCGCAGCUACUCCUCUGUCGCAAAAAUCUCCACCUUCCGUGAAGUUGGAUGCUGCCACCUUCACUGGCACCACUAACGGAAGUGUCUCGGCGUUCUUGGGUAUACCUUACGUGCAACCUCCUGUUGGCGAUCUCCGCUUCCAUCUCCCUCAAGCCAUCCUACCCUACAACGGUACUUAUAACGCUUCAGCCUACGGGCCCAGCUGUCCACAACAGACCUUCAAAGUCCCUGGGAAUUUGACUGCCGAAACGGAGGCUAUUCUCGCCUCUCUAGUUGCAGACGGAAGCCCUCAAAGCGAGGAUUGUCUUACGAUCAAUAUUUUCACACCAGCUGGCGCCACUUCAAACUCAAAUUUGCCUGUAGCUGUAUACUUCUUUGGAGGUGGUUUCGCGGUCGGCGCUGCAUCCAGAUAUCCUGGAGACGUCAUUAUCAACAGGUCCCUUGAACUGAAUGAGCCUGUUAUCUAUGUUAGCUUAAACUAUCGGAUCAACGGCUUUGGAUUUCUGGCUGGGCAAGAAGUCAUGGAUGCAGGCGUAGCAAAUCUCGGUCUUCAUGAUCAACGUCAGGCCUUGAGAUGGGUACAGAAAUACAUCGGCUCAUUCGGUGGUGACCCCAGUAAAGUCACAAUCUGGGGCGAAAGCGCAGGUUCUACUUCUAUCGCAUACCAUAUGAUCACAAAUGGAGGUGACAACGAAGGACUAUUCCGUGCUGCCUUCAUGCAAUCUGGCUCUCAGCUUCCUGUCAGCGGCAUGAAGGGUGGCCAGCCAUACUAUGACAUGGUGGUAAAGGCUGCAGGAUGUUCGAAUUCGUCCGACACUCUGCAGUGCCUCCGAGAGGCACCUUUCGAUACUCUGAAGAGCGCGAUUAAUAAUGUUCCUACCUUUUAUGACUAUCAGUCUCUCGUCUUGGCUUGGAUGCCUCGCCCUGACGGCGUUUUCCUUGUCGACAAUCCUCAAACUCUUAUCCAACAGGGAAUUGUGGCGAACGUACCAUUUGUCAAUGGAGACUGUGACGAUGAGGCCACACCGUUUUCUUACUCCACACUCAACAUCACGACUGAGCAGGAGCUUCGAGACUAUGUUACGACUUACUGGUCCCCUCAUGCGUCUAACUCGACGUUGGACAAACUAAUGGAACUGUACCCUGUCACUCCUGCGGAUGGCUCCCCUUUCAAUACUGGAAAUAACAACACAGUGACGCCGCAGUUCAAGCGUAUAGCCGCCUUCCUUGGUGAUAUCAAUUUCCAAGGCCCUCGCCGAUUACUCCUGCAGGCACGUUCUGGUCACCAAAAGAUCUGGUCCUUCGUCAACAAACGAUUGAAAGAUCUUCCCGGGCUUGGUGCUUUUCAUGGUUCAGAUAUAAACAUGGUCUAUGGUCCUGCCGAUAUGACCGACUACUUAGUCCGUUUUGUGGCGAACCUUGAUCCUAGUGGAAACACUGGCAUUAACUGGCCGGAGUACAAGACCGAGACCCCCAACCUGUUGACGUUCCUGGAUGGCUCAAUUCCGGCCAACAUUACACAAGACACGUACAGAAAGGAGGGUAUCGAGUUUGUGACACAGAUGAUGUUGGAUGAUCCCUGGCAGUAA